GUCUGUUUCUACAGAGAUAUUUGUGCCGGAUAAAUGUCACAUAUGCGGGAGAGUUUCUGUCGUGCUGGACUUUAAAUUGAGUAUUGUCUAAUGGGCGAACACAAACUUGGAUUUCUGCUGAUAACAAAAGGGACUGCUACGAGAAAACGAAUUAGGUGAGGCGUUUUUUUCUCAUUAGUCCCCAGGGAAGUUAAAAUAAACAACAGCAGUGCUUAUCCGUUUGAUUUGAAGGCUGAUUGACACUGACCUUGGCAGUACUCGCCUGUGAAUCUGCACAAUCAACUCCUGAGCGAACCAAAUGCACAGAGAAAGAUGCAUUUGGGUAAGGCUUUACUGUUUGUCCUCCUCCUCAAUUGCGCAACUUUGAGCUCAUCCCUGUCAACUUGUGCCACCGUGGAUAUUGACCACGUGAAAAGGAAGAGGGUCGAGGCGAUACGAGGUCAAAUCCUGAGCAAACUCCGACUGACAAGUCCCCCACACUCCCUCGGACCGAGUAAAAUCCCUUAUCAAAUCCAAGCAUUGUAUAACAGCACCAAGGAGCUACUGGAGGAGCUUGGGAGGGAUCGGCAGCAGAGUUGCGGUCAGGACAACACAGAGACAGAGUACUACGCCAAAGAGAUAUACAAAUUCAACAUGGUCUACGGACCGACAGAAAGCAACGAUCUGCCCAACUGUCCCAAAGGUAUCACCUCUAAGGUUUUCCGCUUCAAUGUCUCUGCCAUGGAAAGAAACUCAACCAACCUCUUCAGAGCAGAGUUUCGGGCUCUGAGGGUUCCAAAUUCAAGUGCCAAGAGGAAUGAACAGCGGAUUGAACUCUACCAGAUUGUAAGGCCAAACGAACACAUCAGGAAACAGCGCUACAUCGGAGCCAAGAAUGUGCUGACCAAAGGCACCCCAGAAUGGGUCUCCUUCGAUGUGACUGAAACUGUGCGGGAAUGGCUGAUGAACAGAGGAACAAAUCUGGGUUUGGAAAUCAGUGUGCACUGUCCCUGCCACACCCUCAACCCAAAUGGUGACAUCAUCGACAAUGAGAAUGAAGUGCUGGAGGUGAAGUUUAAAGGCGUGGAUGGAGAUGAGGAACACAGCCGCUGGGACAUGAGUCACCUAAACAAGCGAAAGGAGCAGCUGCUGCCUCACCUUAUCCUCAUGAUGAUCCCACCACACCGCCUGGACGCUCAGUCCACACGCCGACGCAAGAGAGCGCUGGACACAAACUACUGUUUCUCAAACACAGAGGACAACUGCUGUGUUCGUCGGCUCCACAUCGAUUUCCGGCGUGACUUGGACUGGAAGUGGAUCCAUGAGCCCAGUGGUUAUGAUGCCAACUACUGCUCCGGGCCCUGCCCUUACCUGAGGAGCUCAGAUACAACACACAGCUCGCUGCUGAGCCUGUACAAUACUCUGAAUCCGGAGGCGUCCGCCUCCCCCUGCUGUGUCCCUCAAGACCUGGAACCCCUCACGAUACUCUACUACUCUGGACGAACCCCCAAAGUAGAGCAGCUCUCCAACAUGAUUGUCAAGUCUUGCAAGUGUAGCUGAGAAGACGUGAAAGGCGAGGUAGUAUGGCAGGAUUUUCUCGGCACUGACCAAACCUAUGCUCAUUGACAUUUUGGACUUUUAGCUGUGACAAAUACUUAAACUGACCCUGUGGCCUCAAGGCUAAGAUCUGAACACCACUCUGAAGGUCACACAUUUUUAAGGAUGCAUAUUUUCUUUAAAAACUUGAGGUCCUUGUUUUUUUUUUUUGUUUCUCCUUGUUUUGUAUUUUUUCCUCCCACUCAGUGAGUUCUGGAUGACAUUUACUCAUUUAAAUCUUAAAAGGUCAAACCACACCCAAACGUCACCUUUCAAUUAAGGUAUGAUCUUAUAAUAUUUCCAUCUAGAUUUGUGAAGAUGGACAACACAGUCGUAAGGCUAGAUUGUGGAAAGCCCUGUACAAAUAUAUCUGUGACAAAAAGAAAAAACAAUGAAAUAGACUUGUUUUACAUUGAGCCCAAGCUAAAUAUUCCACAAAGUUAUACUUUACAUUGUCAGUAGAGCUUCCUGUUUCUAGCCUUGGGACGAUAUUGUUAAUCAUCACAUAUAUAGACCGUGCUCUCCUGAACGGUUUGAAGAGUCCUUUCAGGCUUGAUUUUUUUCCCCCUUGAACUUGCCUGAAGUUCCCUUCCCUUCAAACAGUGGGCAUUAUCUUCAAACACAAAAGGAGAAAGGACAGACUUGCUGCUGUAUCCAAAGCCAUAGCUGUGGUCAGGGAAAAGGAGAGCUGAGAGAAUGCCUUUUGGAUUUGCAAUGGAAAGUGAAUGAACAAAGAAGUUGAGCCAAGAUUUUCUUUUUUUGGCCAGCCAGCAGCAAUGGCCUUUUUCCCGGUGCAUCUAUAAGAAUGGAUGGAAGAAGAAGAAGAAGAAGAAGAAGAAGAAGAAGAAGAAGAAGAAGAAGAAGAAGAAGAAGAAGAAGAAGAAGAAGAAGAAGAAGAAGAAGAAGAAGAAUAAGUAGAAGAAGAAGGAAAAAAAGAAGAAGAAGAAGAAGAAGAAGAAGAAGAAGAAGAAGAAGAAGAAGAAGAAGAAGAAGAAGAAGAAGAAGAAGAAGAAGAAGAAGAAGAAGAAGAAGAAGAAGAAGAAGAAGAAGAAGAAGAAGAAGAAGAAGGGACCUGUAUGGAAGGAAAGAACUGUGAUGGAAACUAGCCAAGAGCACACUGCCUUUCACUGGAAGUUUUCAUCCCUAACAGGUUCAAAUUAUUUUUGGGACAUCAAAGACUAUACUGGAACAGAACAAGUGUUACGCAACAGGUUUUUAUGAGAUUUCUUUUACAUUAGUAGCAGAUUUGGUCUGUUAUGCAACUUGUCAUAUAGUGAUUGUUUCACUAACUGGGAAGAAAAGUGACGAGUUUCUCUGUUUUUCUAUUCCAUUAUGGCUACUGUUACAUUUUCUUGUGGUUUAGACAGAAUAUUGAACUAUUUUGCCCAUAAACAAAUUAGUUUGACCUGUUGUAUGUGAUCCACUACAAUAUAUAUUUGACUUAAGUCUUUGACUUAUUGUAUUAUGAGGCAACUAUUCCUAGAAAGUAAAAUCAGAACACUUUUCUCCAAUAAUAACUGUAACAAAAGAGGAAAUGUAAUGUAAUUUAGAAUGCAGAUGUUUACUUCCCUUUUUUUAAUCAUACUAUCCUAUCAGCUCACCUGUCACUCUCCAAUCCAGCCAGCUGACAAAGAAUUGCAUGUGCAGUCAGGACUCUGGUGUUUGUGCUCCCGAAACACUGCAGUCAUUCAUUCCCUCUCCUCCGUCUCUGUUUGUUUUGGUGCUCUUUUACAGUGUGAAGCCCUCAUGGAACAAAAAUGAAGAGGGAGGGGGGAAAAAAGUCAUAACAUGACAGUGGCUGGAUGUACAGUAGACCUCAUUUUUCUCUGAGUCAGGAGAACAAUUCUGAAUCCCUGUACUGUUUUGACAUUUGCCCAGUCAGUCAUCUAGCCUUCAGAUGACAGUUAGGUGACAUUUUGGCAGUGAUAAUGUUUCAUUGACUUGUUGAUCAUUAUUGUUAUUAAAAAACACAACAAAGCAAAACCUGUACGAGCCAUUUUUAAUUUAUAAGAAUGCAAAACAACAACAAUUACCUAUUAAUUUAUGAAUUAAUUAAAUAUAAUGGAUCUGCAAAAACAUUUACCUCCAGAUUAGGACAUGAUGA